AAACAACUCUGCUUGCACUUAUAUCCUAUCGGAGUAUGUCAUUACAAAAGCCAACUGACUAACAUUUUAGAGGUGAAAGGUUCACAGAAGAACAGCACCCCUUGAGGUUCACUGUCAUGUCAUAGGAAGGAUGCUCGCAACACAGCACUCGGAUCCACUGGUUGAAGGACGGUGUUGGAUACCACAAAACCGCCCUGUUUAACGAAUGACAUAAUGUUAUGUAUGGAAAUUUGGAGCAUCCAGACACUGCCUAUAUGAAUUACUCAUCUGGUGGUAAUGCCUCAAUGACUGUGAGGUACAGGGACACAUUCAGCACAGCCGUGGCAAGGAAUGUGCUUGUUUUUACACUAAGUCUCACCAUCAACUAUGUCAAUGGUAUUCUCCUUCACAUCUUCAACAAACAUCAGAUACUUAAAGUGAACCCUCGUUAUAUCCUAUACAUCCACUUGGUGGUCAAUGACAUGAUGCAGCUCACGGUGGCAAUAUCCCUCUUUAUCCUUAGCUAUACCUUCUACACACUCAAUGUCUCCUUCUGCUGCCUCCUUCUUUCCAUUGCCAGUCUCACCACUGUCAACACUCCAUUAAAUCUAGCUAGCAUGGCAGUAGAGUGCUACAUUGCCAUUUGUUUCCCACUUCACCAUGCCGAGUUCUGUACAGUGAAGAGAACACACAUUCUGAUCGGUUUGAUCUGGGCCAUAGGAGCUAUCACAGUUUUACCUGAUCUGCUUUUCAAACUUGUCACAGAGCCUCUGGAGACCUUCUACUCUCGAAUCUUCUGUGAAAGGGACACGGUGUUCCAUAACUCCUGGAUAAUAAAGAAGCGACAAGCAUCCUACAUAGUGUUAUUAGUUAUAGUAUGGCUAACGAUCCUCUACACAUACUUUCACAUAAUUUUUGCUGCUACAGCAGCUGCAAAAGAUAUUAAGAAGGCCAGGAAUACUAUCUUACUCCAUGGUUUUCAACUACUGUUGUGUACGCUUACCUAUAUAGCCCCUUUGUUAAAGCAGUUUCUGUUGUAUAUGUAUCCAGCACAUUAUAGAAAUUUGGUCUUUGCUCUCUAUAUCUUCGUCCAGAUCCUCCCAAGGUUUGUCAGUCCUAUUGUCUACGGCUUAAGGGACCAAACUUUUCGGAAGCACCUGAAAAACUACCUGCUGUGUAGCAUGUUUUGCAUCAAAAGUUACGUAGAUCCACUGCAAGCCCCUAAAUCACCCCGGUAAUAUCGAG